AUCCAUUCCCCAAUUCAGCAUCAGCAGCUGCAGCCAGCGCCUGCGCGAAUUGCGACAGCGAGAGCGGGAAGCGGGAACUCGAAACCUCGGCGAGCGGCAUGGCCACCGACGGCGAGCGCGUGGCGGCGGCGGCGGCGGAGGAGGAGACGCUGGAGAAGAAGGAGGCCGGCGCAACGGAGCUCCCCGCGCCCUCCGGCUGGACGAAGAAGCUUGCACCCAUUCGAGGUGGAAAAUUUGAGGUUCUUUUUGUUUCCCCAACUGGUGAGGAGAUUAAGAGCAAGAGACAGCUGAGCCAAUACCUGAAGGCACACCCUGGAGGUCCUGCAUCUUCAGAAUUCGAUUGGAACACCAGUGAUACUCCCAGGCGGUCAGCACGGUUAAGUGAGAAAGUUAAGGCAACGGAGAGCCCAGAGGACGAGAAGACCCCUAAACGGGAAAGAUCAAGUUCUAAGAGGGGCAAAAGGGAAAAAAAAGAUGCAGUGGAUGCCACUGAAACUGGAGAUCAUGGCACUUCAGAAGAAGCUAAAGGCACUGAUGUGGAGAUGAAAGAUGCUGAAAAUGCCCAAGAAGAGAAGAAAGAGGCGCCUACUGCAAAUGCUGUGGAGAAGACUGAAGGUGGCGAAGGCAAGGUUGAAGGCCCAGAUCAGCCAAAUAAUGUCCCUGCCCCAGUUUCAGAAAAUAAAGUAGACGGAAAGCCAGCUGAAUCUGAAGUAGCUCCUCCAGAGGGUGAGAAGACCGAGAACAGUCUGCCAAUUGAAUCCGCGGUGCGUCUCCCAGCAUCUUCCGAGGGAGAGAAGAAAGAGGAUGGCGUUGCGACUGAACCCGCAGCACCACCUGUGGCUGAAACGAAGGCAGACGCUCCUGCAGCACAGGCAGUAAAAGAGACUGAGAACGCCCACAAGGAUGACGGGGUGGAUGCCGCACCGAAAGAACCAUCGGCGGUGAACUGCGACAAAAAGGGGCAGAUCCAACCUGGUGCAUCCGCCGUGAAGUGCACCUGAAGAUGCUCCGUCACUGUGUGUGUAGAACAAUACGUCGCAUUUGCUUUGAUAAUUGUAAGCGUGUUUGAUCUGACAGCGCUGAGUAGCAGUAGGCUUCCCAGCAUGUAGCUAUCCUUCCCUUGUUAAGGCAGCGGUGUUGUGUUGACGCAGGCUUGUACCAACCUGUGUAAGUCGUUAGCGUGCACAUUGAUGUCAGGAGAGGACUGGAGUUGUAACGUGAUGUUGUGCGAGUUGUACCUUGUGUUAAUGACCUAAUUAUCCAUAAAUAAGGUCAUGAGGGUUGUACCUUGUGCUCUCAUUUCCCUUGGCACCUUCA